AUGAGGUCUCAGAUUAAUGGUCCUAGCCAUGACGAAAUAGAGAAUCAGUUGCGCGAAAUUAAAAAUGAGGUAAACUCAGCCUCCCUUCUCAGCCGUCCCGACAUACUCAAUCUCACAUGUGCAUUGGCGCGUGAGUAUGAAAACAAUGACGAGUUUUACAGUCAAGUGCUCUCGCUGUUUUCGGCCUCCUCCAACCCCAACUCCAACGCUUGCGUUUACAGUUCCAUUCGUUAUGCCAGACGGGAUGGUAAUUGCUUCUAUCGCUGUGUUGCCUUUCGACUGUGUGAGUUGAUUCUUCGGGAUAUUGAAUUUGCGCACCAAACACUGACCGAUAUGCGAAAGACUAUCCGGCCGCGCAUGCAUCAGCAGUUUGGGGAGUACAGUGACGAUUUUUGUGAUGUGGCAGAAGGUCUCGUCGAGCGUAUUUGUAACGGGGAACUAAGCACUGUCGACACGGUCUAUGAAGCCGUUAUCAAUGAAAGCGAGGCAGACUAUCUCAUCGUGUACUUUCGCUAUGCCGUGUCCAUUUACCUGCGUGAUCACGCCGACGAGUUCAUUCCCUUUGUGAUGGGUCUUGGCUACUCUACCAUAGAGCUGUACUGUGAGGCCGAGGUGGAGCCAUUUUUCAAGGACAGUGACAAUGUCGAAAUCGUAGCAUUCGCGAAGCUUUUCGAUGUGACAAUUCACGUCGAGGUGUUGGACCCCAAGGCGGGACAGCUAACUACUCUUGAGAUUGGUUCAAGAUCGGGUGCGGAAGUUUCUCCUUCCCGUAUGGUAUACUUAUUAUUCCGACCUGGGCAUUACGAUUUGCUCGAGUUGUAG